AAAUUCACGUUUUUUGGGGAUAUGCAACAGAUGACCGCCUGUUACAAAACCAUCCAUGAAAGAGUUAGUGUCUGUCCCGGGAGUAAAUCCAGCCCACUUCAGUCGUCUUCUUCCUCCGCCUCAGUGAGGGUUGCACAGCUGGCAACUUACAGACAGUAUCGCUGUGAGGAGUAAUUGGUUGCUGUAUGGACUACUGCCCCGCAAAUUGGACCCGUGUUUGAUGGAAAAAAUGAACUAGUAUAAGUCCUGGGAUAUUUAUUCGUCUUCUGUCUUUAGGGGUUCCGUUUAUGACCUUCUGGAUCUCCAUAAUUGAAGACCCAGCUCCCCUCUUCUCUCCACGGGACCGUUAUAACCUCACACCGGAAACAUAAGCUGAAAUAAUGGAGAAGUCAAGACGCAGGCAACAGUUUGUAUUCAGCCUUCUGUUAAGCUUGUGGUUACCUUGCUGUUUGGCCCAGACCACACCUUCAAACGCAGCCACUCGAAAGCCCACACGGGCACCCCCGCCAUCAGCCACGCCGUCCCCGUCCCCGUCCCCCCAGACCGAACGGCUAAAGGUCAGGCUGUCCGGAUACCCCCGAAAACACAACGAGGGUCGCGUAGAGCUUUUCUACAAGGGAGAGUGGGGAACCAUCUGUGAUGACGACUUCUCAAUAGCUAACGCCAACGUGCUCUGUCGCCAACUGGGCUUCGUCUCAGCCACAGGAUGGACUCACAGUGCCAAAUAUGGGAAGGGCCAAGGGAAAAUCUGGCUGGACAACGUGCUGUGUAGCGGAGGUGAGAAGAGCAUUGAAUUCUGCAAAUCUCGCGGCUGGGGCAACAGUGACUGCACUCACGAUGAAGAUGCCGGAGUUGUGUGUAAAGACGAGAGGAUUCCCGGCUUUGUGGACUCAAAUGUUAUUGACGCUCAAGUGGAUGAGAACAGGAUAGAGGAGGUGCGGCUCCGGCCCGUGGUCGCCAUGUCCAGAAAGAAGCUGCCCAUCACGGAGGGUGUGGUGGAGGUGAAAUACAAAGACGGCUGGGCGCAGAUCUGCGACCUGGGAUGGACAAUCAAAAACACACAUGUGGUCUGCGGCAUGCUGGGAUUCCCACAUGAGAGAAAAGUCAACAAGAACUUCUACAAACGUCUGAAAAAGCGAGCAGCAGAGAAGGUCUCCAGGCCAAAGGUUAAUGUUUCUGCAGGUGGAAGGCAGACAUCCAAAGCUAAAGCUAACUCUAAGUCUAAACAGAGCAGCCCUGGCAAAAGGUUGUAUUUGGACCGUCAAAAGAACUACUUCCACAUCCACUCUGUGGAGUGUACGGGCACGGAGAUCCACCUGGCUGCCUGUCCUCUGGAGUACAGCAAGCGGAAUGCCACGUUCCCCUGCGAGGGCGGCACGGCGGCCGUCGUCAGCUGCAUGCCGGGGCCGUUGUUUAUGCAAAACAAUGGCUUGAAAAAGAAACCAAAGAUUUCAAGCACCGUGAGGCUGAAGGGAGGUGCCAGGCUGGGCGAGGGGCGGGUGGAGGUGCUGAAAGACAACGAGUGGGGAACCGUGUGUGAUGACCGCUGGAACCUGCAGUCGGCCAGCGUCGUCUGCAGGGAGCUCGGCUUUGGCAGCGCCAAGGAGGCUCUCACGGGAGCCCGCAUGGGACAAGGGAUGGGUCCGAUCUACAUGAACGAGGUGAAGUGCCUUGGCCAGGAGAAGUCCAUCUGGAACUGCCCGUUCAAAAACAUCACAUCAGAGGACUGUCAACACGCAGAGGACGCUGCUGUUCGCUGCAACCUGCCCUACAUGGGAUUAGAGAACUCGAUCCGACUCACAGGAGGACGGACCCGUUACGAGGGCCGUGUGGAGCUGCUGAGCUCCGACUCUAACGGGACGCAGAGCUGGGGUCUGGUCUGUGGAGAGAGCUGGAACACCAAGGAGGCCAUGGUGGCCUGCAGGCAGCUAGGCUUGGGCUACGCUAACCAGGGCCUCCAUGAAACGUGGUACUGGGACAGCAGUAAUGUGACGGAUAUGAUCAUGAGCGGCGUGAGGUGCGUGGGAAACGAGAUGUCCCUGAGUCAGUGCCAGCAUCACAAAACUGUCAACUGCCAGAAGGCGGCAGCAAAGUUUGCAGCAGGAGUCAUCUGCUCUGACACGGCCUCUGACCUGGUCCUAAACGCCCCUCUGGUCCAGCAGACAGUUUACAUCGAGGAUCGUCCUUUACACAUGCUCUACUGUGCUGCCGAGGAGGACUGCCUGUCAAAGUCUGCAGCCAAGGCCAACUGGCCCUACGGACACCGACGCCUGCUGCGCUUCUCCUCCCAGAUCCACAACAUCGGCCGGGCGGACUUCAAGCCGAAGGCUGGGCGGCACUCCUGGGUCUGGCAUGCCUGCCAUGGCCACUACCACAGCAUGAAUAUUUUCACCCACUAUGAUCUGAUGAACGCCAAUGGUACCAAAGUGGCCGAGGGACACAAAGCCAGCUUCUGUCUGGAGGACACAGACUGUCAAGAGGGAGUUUCUAAGCGGUACGAGUGUGCCAACUUUGGCGAUCAGGGCAUCACUGUGGGCUGCUGGGAUUUGUACCGUCACGACAUUGACUGCCAGUGGAUCGACAUCACAGACGUCAAACCAGGAAACUACAUUUUGCAGAUUGUUAUCAAUCCAAAUAACGAAGUGGCUGAAAGCGACUUCACCAACAACGCCAUGAAAUGCAACUGCAAAUAUGACGGGCAUCGAAUCUGGCUCCAUAACUGCCACAUUGGUGAUGCGUUCAGCGAGGAGGCAGAGAGGAGGUUUGAGAAAUACCCCGGGCAGCUGAAUAACCAGAUUCCUUAAGCAACAAUCAUUUCACAACAAAUAGAAGACCUAGAGUCAGGUGUUGAAUGAAUAAAAACACACCUCACUAGCUCAAAAAGUAAGACAUAAACCUUUUUUGUUUUCAGGUGGUCAAAAUGGAGUCCCUUACAUAUUAUUUGGAAUUAUGGAAGGAGCCAACAGUAUUUUCUUGUGUUGUAUAUUAUACUUGAAUAUUCAAGUGCUAAUGUUUUUUUCUUGAUUUUUUUUUAUUACAAAAUAACUAUUACUAUUGAUGAAUGUUCUGAGGUAUAUUUUUUACUUGGAGAAGCAUGAUAAGAACUAUCUGAGGUGUUGGCAUUAGCUAUAACACAGUUAAAAACUACAAACUGAGGCAUGAACUCUAACUAAGUCUUACUGGUCUUCAUAGUGGGUAUUAUGGACAGAAGACAUAGACUGUCCCAUUUCCAAAAACCUGAAGGUGCUUAGAGCAAAACAUUAAAUAUUACCGUACCUGGAUACAUUUCUCUGGAUUAAAGGUUUUAUAUCAAAUACUGUUCAGUUUUCUGCCAUCUUGUUCAGAAAUAGUUUUGGUUCCAGUUACAGUAUUUUGUGGAUGUAUUUAUUGCUUAUAUCAAAGUGCUCAAGAACAACAUUUAGUUUGAAUUGCUUUGGAUCCAGUUCAAAGGCAAGUUUAGCUUGUAUGUCUUAUUAAUACUCAUUUAGGGUCAGUACAGUAGAUGUGCAAUUACCCUCAAGAAUGUCUAUUUAUGCUGAUGUAAUCAUACCCGCUGCAUCGUAUCAAAAGGAGAGGAAUAAUAAUGA